CACUUGCGCUCCACUAUAUUUUCCUUCGAACCAGCGAGUUGCCACCUUCGCCCUCUCCGAGACUGUUUAAUUCAGGCCGCCCAUGUUGCUGAGCUGAAAUGGUCUUACCAAUCCUCUCCUCCGGCUCGGCCGAGGGGCGUCACUCCAGCUAUCUCCGCGCGAAUCAUAGCCACAAGGUCGAAGGGCUUGGCUGCGCGGACAAGGUGACGGAAUAAUAGGCUGUCGGUGAAAUGGCGUCGAAACAUGACUCUGAGACGAUGGCGAGACUGGGUCCGAUGUGUAUAAAUGGACGGGCGUCCUCUGCCUCCAGGCGGAACGGCCAGACUCCCAGCAAGCUCAUACGACAACGAUCAAUAUGCCUGAAUACGCCAGAAACCAGCCCGCCGGCUUCAAGAAUGUAAUUGAGAGAGUUGCCAUUGCGGGUGCUGGAGGCACAGUUGGAUCCCACCUCGUCGCCACUAUUCUCCAAACCGGUAAACAUACAAUCACAGCCCUCUCCCGCAAAGACAGCAGCAACACCCUUCCAACCGGCGUCCUCGUUGCCCCAAUCGAUUAUGACGACGAGAGCACCAUCGUCGCCGCCCUCAAAGGCCAACAAUUUUUCAUCAUCACAUUAGCCCCUACAGCACCCCGCGACACCCACAGCAAGCUCGUCCAAGGAGCUGCCAAAGCCGGUGUUUCUUACAUCAUGCCCAACGAGUACGCCGGCGACAUUGAGCAGGUGAAGCUCGGGCAGGAGGUCAUGCUGGGCCCGGUGGCGAAGGCGAAUAGGGAUGACAUUGAGAGGCUCGGCAUGCGGUGGAUCACCGUGUGCUGUGGGUUUUGGUACGACUACAGCCUGGCGGGCGGCGAAGCGCGUCUCGGAUUCGAUUUUGACAAGCGCUCUUUGACAAUCUACGACGAUGGCAAUACUAAAAACUCGGUAUCGACGUUGUCGCAGGUUGGCCGCGCCGUGGCUAAAGUGCUGAGUCUGAAGGAACUGCCUGAUGACGAAAACGACAAGAGCAUUACGCUCUCGUCAUGGCUGAACAAGCCUUUCUACAUCAAGAGCUUCGUCCUCAGCCAAAACGAGAUCUUCGGCAGCGUGAAGCGCGUCACGGGCACCAGUGAUGCGGACUGGACGAUUACCCACGAGGCGACUAAGCAGCGAUACGAUAACGGCCUAGCACAAGGCAAGAGUGGCAACAAGCUUGGCUUUAUCAGGCUGCUGUACGCCAGGAUGUUUUAUCCGGAUGAUGCGAGUGAGUUAUCGGCCAAGGCGCAGAAUGAGUUGCUUGGUGUGCCGGAGGAGGAUCUAGACGAGGCUACGGAAGCUGGGGUUGGGAUGGUGAAGCAACUUCAGCAUCGGCCUGAGCGUAUGGCGGCGUAGAAAGAAGUCUACCAGGAUGUAAAGACUCUCCACUUAGAACAACUCUUGUUCACCAAAGAUUGUGUUCAUUAGCGG